GGUGUGUGAGAAAGGUGUAUCUUGGAAACCAUGGCGCUCCCCUUUCAAAAAGGGCUGGAGAAAUACAAGAAUAUCGACGAGGAUGAGCUUCUUGGCAAACUCUCAGAAGAGGAACUGAAACAGUUGGAAAAUGUUCUAGAUGACCUAGAUCCCGAGAGUGCAACCCUACCGGCUGGAUUCCGACAGAAAGACCAGACCCAGAAAGCAGCCACUGGCCCAUUUGACCGAGAACACCUGCUCAUGUAUCUGGAGAAAGAGGCUUUGGAACAGAAGGACAGGGAGGACUUUGUACCCUUCACAGGAGAAAAGAAAGGGAGAGUCUUUAUCCCCAAGGAAAAGCCCGUAGAAACUCAUAAAGAAGAGAAAGUGACUCUGGACCCAGAACUGGAGGAAGCCUUGGCCAGCGCCUCAGACACUGAACUCUAUGACCUCGCAGCUGUCCUCGGCGUCCACAAUUUGCUCAACAAUCCAAAGUUUGAUGAAGAAACAACCAAUGGCAAAGGUCGCAAGGGGCCUGUGAGGAAUGUCGUCAAAGGUGAAAAGGCCAAACCGGUAUUCGAGGAGCCACCGAACCCCACAAAUGUGGAAGCAAGCCUGCAGCAGAUGAAGGCCAACGACCCCAGCCUGCAGGAGGUCAACCUCAACAACAUUAAGAACAUUCCAAUUCCAACCCUGAAGGAAUUUGCAAAGGCUCUGGAGACCAACACCCAUGUGGAGAAGUUCAGCCUGGCUGCAACCCGCAGCAACGACCCUGUGGCCCUUGCCUUUGCAGAGAUGCUGAGAGUCAACAAGACCCUGAAAAGUUUAAACGUAGAAUCCAACUUUAUCACCGGUACCGGCAUCCUGGCCCUGGUGGAGGCGCUGCGGGAGAAUGACACCUUGACAGAGAUCAAGAUUGACAACCAGAGGCAGCAGUUGGGAACCGCUGUGGAGAUGGAGAUCGCCCAGAUGCUGGAGGAGAACUCCAGGAUCCUCAAGUUUGGGUACCAGUUUACCAAGCAAGGGCCACGGACAAGAGUGGCAGCUGCCAUCACAAAAAAUAAUGACUUGGUUCGCAAGAAGAGAGUUGAAGGAGAGAGGAGGUAAACCUCC